AUGGCGUUUAUUAAAGAGGAGAGUGAAGACAUGAAGAUUGAAGAAACAUUCAGAGACAAACAGGAAGAUACUGAGGAACAAACAGACCUGAUGGCGAUGAAAGAGGAGAGUCAGGAAUUGAAUGAAACGCAAGAGAAAGACCAUCAUGAUUUCACAACUGGAGAAAAAUCAUUUAGUUGCUCACAGACUGAAAAGACUUCCUCGCGAAAAAGAGCUAAAAAAACAGAAACGAUAAGUGACUUCUCCUGCCAGCAGUGUGGAAGGAGUUUCAGAAAAAAAGAAAGCCUAAAAAGCCACAUGAGCAUCCACACUGGAGAGAAGCCAUACACCUGCCGUCAGUGUGGAAAAGGUUUCACUCAUCAUGGAAGCUUCAAAAGGCACAUGAGAAUUCACAAUGGAGAGAAGCCAUACACAUGCCCUCAGUGUGGAAAAGGUUUCACUCAUCAUGGAAGCUUUAAAAAGCACAUGAGCAUCCACACUGGAGAGAAGCCACACACCUGCCGUCAGUGUGGAAAAGGUUUCACUCAUCAUGGAAGCUUUAAAAGGCACGUGAGAAUUCACACUGGAGAGAAGCCGUACAUCUGCAAACUGUGUGGAAAGAGUUUCACAACAGAACUUAACCUAAGGUAUCACUGGAACAGUCACACUGGAGAGAAGCCAUUCACAUGUGAUAAGUGUGGAAAGAGUUUGAGACACAAAACAAACUUUAAACGGCACAUGAGGCUUCACGCAAGAGAAAACAUUUUUACAUGUCAUCAGUGUGGAAUGACUUUUACAGACCGUAAACACCUUGAGAAUCAUGUCAUAAGUCACACUGGAGAGAAGACUUUCAUGUGCUAUCAGUGUGGAAAGGAUUUUACACUUAAAGGAAACCUUCAGACUCACAUGAGAAUUCACACUGGAGAGAGACCUUUCACCUGCACUCAGUGUGGAAAGAGUUUCACAUCUAAAGGAAACCUUCAGACUCACAUGAGAGUUCACACUGGAGAGAGACCUUUCAUGUGUCUUCAGUGUAAAGAGAGAUUCACGUAUCAAAGAGACCUGAAGCGUCAUUGGAAAACUCGUUGUAGGAGUGCUUUGCAGUGUACUAGGGUUAGGUCUUACGACACUAUACCAGCUGAAGUAUCACGAUACAAAGUAGUACCAUGAUACCCUACAGUAUUGUGCUAAUAUAAUGAUUGAGUCAGUGAAUCCUUUAACUGAUCCGUUCAAAACCGCUGAUUCAUUCAGAAAUUAAGCGAAUUACUGUUAUUAUGAAUUGCUCAGUGAAUCAUUUGCCUAAUUUGUUCAUAAACGCUUUAAAAACCUUGUGAAUCUCUAUGUAAUUGCUAGUUCAGGUUUGGCUGAAAGCUGCAGAAUGAUCAGAAUCUGUCUUGUUUUUAAAACUCUCACUUGUUCUUAAAGGAAAUGUCAUUCUGUUUUCUAGGUACACACCAUCCUGUGUGCAGUUUUCACAUCCGUGUAAUUAGGGCUGCACGAUUAAUCGA